AUGCAAUUUUUCACCGACAAGAUUUACGGGGGAUUCUGCGACAAGGUCUCGAAGGACAAAAAGUCGGAGACCACGGUCGACAAGGACGGGAAGACAUUGAACAAACGCAUGCCUCCUCCGACGCACGACCCUGCCCAGUUUACCCUCGGCUAUGAGCCCAACAAGGAUGGCGGGGAAUGUCAACUUAAAUGCGGCGAAGCAUUCUACCAGCUGAGCGGGUCGUGUGGAGCGCAAAACAACUUGUACAUGGGCGGCAAAUUGGACGUCGGCUGCGGGACAUACUCUUUCUCCAUCAGUCGCCCGGAAGAGCCCGAGCCUGAACCGGAACCCGAGUUGAAGCUGAGUGAGCGGGUGUGCUUUGAAAAGUGGAGGCAUAACGACGUGCCUUCCUACUCGGAAGACAGCGACUGGUGGGAGAAGAUCCUCAAGAACUCGUGCGACGAAUUUGGCGACGAUGCAAAGGUCACGCCGGACAAGAUGAUCACCGCGAUGCCAAACGGGUAUUUCAACAACCCCUUUAUCUGGACUGGAGCAGUGUGGAUGAAGGGAUGUAAGGCCGAGGGCGACUCCCAAAGCUUGCAGCAACCACUACCGAAUGAUAGCAGCGUCACCUGUCGGAGUCUCCUUAUAAACAACUAUCUGAAGUGCAAUAAUGGUGGCACUGGCGGUCAUAUUGAUGCCGGAUGUGUGCGGUACACUUUCAUGCCGAAGGGCCCCACCAAGGAAGACGACGUGGGGUUAGAGACCGAUAUGUAUGGUAGGGAUAGAUGA